UAAAUGGCGACUAUUAUCCCUAUAAAUGUUGACUUAAAUAAGCUGUUUGAAGCGAAGCUUACAUAUGGAUUUGAUCCACUUAAGGAAGCUAUUGAGGGCUUGCUCAAAAACCAAGAAUUGCAUAACAAAAUGAUUCAAGAUCUUGCUGAAAACCAGAAGGAGAAUUUAUCAAGCACUGCUGGAGAUAAAGAUCUCAGAGACAAGUUGGAUUCACAAAAUGAGAAAAUAGAGGGUCUUGAGAACAACCUUAAAGACCAUGCUGAUCGCAUAAAAACAUUGGAAGAGAAAUCAGAUAAUCAUGAGAAGAGGAUUAAGGAACUUGAGGAUAAGCUAGAGAAUAGCAAUACACACUUCGAUUACUCCCAAACCGUUGUGAAUAAAGGUGAACAGAGAGCUAUAGACAGGGAGUUAGAGAAUGAGCUUAAGCACUUACUCUCAAGAGUCGAUAAUACCGAGAAGAAUGUAGAGAAGUUGCUCAAGAAGAAGAACGAUGUAGGCUCUACCAUCCCUACCACUGAAACCCUCGAGAAUGAUGACGAAGAUGACACUCGUGAGUCUCUCGAGAACCAGCUACAGUUGAUCAAAACAAGGCUUUCGAGAGUUGAAGAUUCUAACAAUGAACUUAAAAAUACCAUCAAGAAUGACUCUGAUGAUAAGGAAGGUGACGAAAAGCCAGUGGACAGAAGUCAUGCCGAUGAAAUUGACAAGAACAUUGGGGACCUAAGACAUAAGAUCAAGGAAAUUGAGGAGAAGCUAAGGAAGCUCAGAAAUAGCCCCAGACCUCAAAGAAUAAUCCCCACAGGAGAUUCUAAGGGUGCUGAUUACUCUAAUGUAAUUUAUGACCUUGGAGACAGACUUGAAGCCCUCGAGCAGGCUCAUGACAAGACAGUGGAAAGGGUUGAUGACCAUAAUGAAAGGAUUGAGAAACUUGAAAAGGAAACUGACUCUCAUAAAGAAAAAAUUAUGAACAAUAAGAAUGAUAUCAAUGAUCUUAAGGACACCAUUGUUGAUAAGGUAGAUGCCGACUUGUUUGACUCUGAAAUAACUUAUCUGAAAGAACUACUCAACCAGAUUGGGUCUUCUCCUGAUAAGAAGAUUGAAAUCCCUCAAGUUACCCCUCCAAAGACGGGAAUGAGCACUAAGGAUGCGAAUAAGCUGAAGGAACUCGCUGCAAAAGUUCCUGAACUAGAGAAACUGAUCAAUGAUCUCUUAGAAAGACUUGGAAGAGCUGAAAAGAAUAUUGCAAAUAAUGAUAAAAGCAUCAAGGGGCAUGAUAAAUCAAUAGAAGAGAUAUGGGCUGAGCUUGCUAAAAAGGCUAAUUCUAAUGACCUCAGAGACUUAUUCGAUAGACUAAACCAGUUAGAAAAAGAUCUUGAAGGAGUAAUAGAGUACAUGAACAACAAUGAUAAGGGAAAACCAACUGCUUUACCAAUAAUGGGAAAAUCAGAUGAUAAGAGAUUGAAGAAUUUAGAGGCAAAGGUUGAAGACAUGAGAAACAACUUUAAUCAAAACUUAAGAGACUUCGAGAAGACCCUUGAAGCUCUUAACCGUGAGUUAAAGGGAACCAAUAAGGAAUUGAAUGAUCUUAAGAAUGACUUACUUAAGCUCAUGCAGAAAGUAAACACUCUUGAGCUAAAGAUUGAUGCUUUAGCAGAUAAGAAUAAUGAUGGAGGUGCUCCAAUAGCUGUUCAGACUGGUAUUGACCCUGAGAAACUUGAAGACCUCAAGAAGCAGUUGAAUGACCUCAGAAAUGAUUACAGAAAUUUCAAAAAUGAAGUACUCAAUCAAUUUAACAAUGUGAAUAAUGAGUUAGACAAGAAAGCCAAUAUUGAAGACUUAGAGAACUUAAAGAGAAUGCUGAAGAACAAAAUAGAAGACAUAGAGAAAGCAUUGAAUAAGACAAAGAACGAUCUUAAGAGAGCAUUAAGAAUCUUGAACGAUAAGAUCUCAAGAGGAGUCGAAGCAAACCAGCCAAAAGAAGAUAGAGAGGAUGCUAUGCUCUCUAAGAAGCCUCUGCAAGGCAUUAGCUGUGCUUCAUGUGAUAAGAACUUGGUUAAUUUACAAGGAAUUCCAGCAGAUUUCUACAACUGGAAGAAGUUACCACAAUCAAAGGAUAGAAUCCCUAUGAUGGGUCAAGGAUUCUCAAGAAUGCUUCAAUCAAUCAACACUGACUACCUUGCUCCGAAUCAGUCACCCCUAAAGACAUCAUACAAUGGUUUUAAGGAAGAAUCUAUUAACUCAGGAAGAUCACACCAUAAGAGGAGAUCCGAAAGCGCAUCUAGAAGAGCUAAUAUGCAAGUUGAAGAUAUCGAGACUGAAGCUGCUAGUAAGAUGUUGCCAAGCAUAAACCAGAGCAAACAAUAAGAAAUCGAUCAACCUAUUCAAUUCGAUUAAGAUCCUUAGGGGUUUUGG